ACCAGGAACUUUUCAUGAAAAAAGAGCGGUGUCCCUAUGCCUUAUAAAGGCAUGGGCAGGCUUAUUCCAGCGCUCAAGAAGGGGCGGUAGCGAGGGUUUUUUUUCCAGCAGCGGUCGCAGGCGAAUGAAGAAGUUGAGCUGAAACUGCGAACACUUCAUCCCGGCACUGAGCGGCAAAACUCUGUCAAGAGAGGAGGAAGCAGGUGAAAUUAAAAAAAAAUAAAAUAAAAAAAGAAACCCACUUGGUCAUGGGGAAAUCAGCUUCCAAACAAUUUGCUGAAGAAGUCUUGAAAGUACACAAUGACUACAGGAAGAAACAUGGAGUCCCCCCAUUAAAACUCUGCAAGAAGUUAAACAGAGGAGCCCAACAGUAUGCAGAGGAACUGGCUACCACGAGGGUCCUCAAGCACAGCUCUGAGUCUGCUAAUGGGAAUUGUGGAGAAAACCUGGCAUGGGCAUCCUAUGACCAAUCAGGAAAAGAUGUGGCUGACAGAUGGUACAGUGAAAUAAAAAAUUACAGCUUUCAAAACCCAGGGUUUUCUUCUAGGACAGGUCACUUUACAGCAAUGGUUUGGAAGAACACAAAAAAGAUGGGAGUUGGAAAGGCAUCUGCUAGUGAUGGCUCAACAUUUGUGGUGGCUAGAUAUGAUCCAGCUGGAAAUGUAGUAAAUCCAGGGUAUUAUGAAGAAAAUGUUCUUCCUCCAAGAAAAUAACUUUAUUUUUUUUAAGGUAGUCUUAUUGCUUAAUGACAAGUGAACCCGGAUUUGGACCUAACAGUGUUGAAAUGAAGCCCAGUUCAAUGAAAUCUGUUUGAUACUUCUGUUCACGUCUCAGUGUGGAGGAAGCAAUUAAUUACAUUUUGCUUGAGUCAAUAUGCACAUCAGGCCCCUGCUGUUUCUGAGGGGACCUCAGUUUAUUUGAGGAUGAACUAUAAGCAGCAUUUCUGAAGGAUAAAAUGGGUAAGAUUUUAAAAAAUUGUUUGCAUGAACUGUGUGUCAGCAUGUGAGUAACCACAUGUUGGAUGUCUUUUUUUUUUUUAACAAGCAAAUUUAUAGCUUUCUGUAAACUGAAGAUACCAGCUUGUAAUUAUAUGCUCCCAGCUGUCCAAUCCUUUUUAGUAAUUGUACCUUAGUUGCUCUGUCUUUACCUCCUGCUGUUGUGGGACCUACUCUCUGCAGAUGGAACACAUGCAAAACUUCCUGUAUGAAAGGUAUAUGCAUAAAAUGUAGUGGAAUUCAGACCUGUGUGUUUUUAUUAAUGGGAUGGAUCUCGCAGAACACUAAAAGGCAGCUGGCAAAAUUAUGGCCAUCAAGCAAGCUGUAACUAAUGCAUGAUCUAAAAAAACACCCUAUAAUUUUUUAAUCCCAUUUUAGAUGCUGAUGUGUAAAAUAUGUUCAAGAUUAGUAUAUAUAAAGUUCAAAGUGCAUCCUACAGUUUACACUAUGUACCUUGUAUUAUAAUCAAAUUGUUUACUUCCAUUGCAUAAAAAUAAGAUUCUACUUUUUUGAUAUUUAUGCACAAAAAAGUUUCUUUGAUGGUGUACUUUGAAUUUUAUUUCUCAGUAACUUAUUUUUAAGGAAUAUCUUUUAAAGGUGUCAUGCUAUGCAGGCAAUAACAUUCUCAAAUCAUCUCAUCUUUAAUAAUGUAUCAGUAGGGGUAUUCACAUUGUCAUAAUUAAGAGAUGUAUGCUCUUUAUUCAUGUUAUUCAAUAAUAGUAUUAUUUCAUGUGCUGGAUUGAUGCCUUGAAAACAAUGAAGAUUUAAUUUCCUUAAGAACAAGCCAAGCAAAAAUUCUGGGGACAAUUUUUCUCUGAUUAAAUGUGGGUUGAGCCAUUUUGGCCAAGUUCAUAUACUCCCAAACUCAAUUUGGGAGUUUGUUUUCUUUGUAAAAGUUUCUCUAGACUUUUGCUGGGAUUCUAUAUGCCAUAAUCUGGUUCAUGGACAGUGCCAUUACAGAAAUACUUGUUUUUGUUUACACAGUUAUAAUAAACUGCACUCUUAUGGCUUGAUUAUAUGUCACUGUGAUGCUGUUUUUUUUUUUUUUUUUUUUUUUCCUGUAACCGAGAAUUUGACACAUAUCAUGAACAACUGAAAAAUAAAUAUUUUUGAAUAUGAACUA